AUGCAUCCCCGAUAUAAUGGGCGGAGCGAGGACACAUCCGGGUAUUUGGACCGUACUUGGCUGGAUGCGAACUUGUGUAUUGGAACAGUACUUGAACAGAGUACAGAGAAGUUCACAUAUUGAGAAACGGCCAAGUACAGAGAAGUUCACAUAUUGAGAAACGGCCAUUGAGAAACGGCAAGAACAAGCUGGGAAAUGAAGAUGGCGUCGUUUUGGGGGAUUCCCAAUCUGUCCUCGUAAAUCUUUAUGUUAAUCUUAAUGUUAACUUUUGAUAGAAUUCCUUAUCAUGCUUUCGACUGUCUUCGGAUGUCUCGCCGUCUUCCUGGCUCCGGGGCUGUGCUGUCAGCUCAAGGAAUAUUCUACCACGGAUGGUCAAUGUUGUCCAAUGUGCCACGAAGGUUCAGUUGUUCGAAGAGACUGCACUCGUCAGACAGGCACACGGUGCAUCCCCUGUGUGAACGGGACAUUUAUGAACGAACCCAAUGGCCUGAAUAAAUGUAACCCCUGCACCUCCUGUGACCAAGGUAACGGUCUCUUUGCCAAACAGGGCUGCACAGCAGCAACAGACACAGUCUGUCAUGUUGUAAAUGGAUAUUUCUGCAAGGCCUUCACGGAUGAGUCAGGAUGUAGUUCUGCAGAAAAACAUACGCAGUGUGGACCCGGUCACAGGAUAAAAGCACCUGGUAAGAAAAUCUCCAGUCUGACAUUGAGUACGUUUACAUGCACACUUCUGUCCUAACAGUAACACAACACAUGGUGUAGCUGGUUAUUC